AUGUCUUUCCCUUCAUCUAAAGUAUCUCCAUCAACGGAAAGGCAACAACGACAAUCAAGUCGAUUGCAUUAUGCCGAAUCAUCUUGGACAAGAUGGAUACAGAUACCACUGUUUUUAUGGGUAACGCCUAUUCUCUCAUUGGCUAAUAAACGUACGCUUGUCGACGACGAUCUUAAUGAUCUCUCUAUGAAAGAUCAAUGUUCCAUCAUAUUGAACAGAGUAAAUCAGUAUAGUUCUAAAUGGCCAGGCACAUGGAAUGUAUUCAAUCGAAUAUUUUUUAAAGAUUUUUUGUCAAGUAUGUUGUUUGUUUUACCGCUUAGUAUAUCUCGUAUUGCACAGCCAUUGCUUGUUCGUCAAAUUAUUCUCUACAUUAAAGAUGAAUCAGGAUUACCUGCUUACUCUGGUUAUCUAUAUUCUAUUGCUCUUUUCAUUGCUGUAAUUGUGCAAGCAAGUGGUCAACGCCAGAUUAUUUUUCGAAAUACACGUGUAGGCAUGCGAAUCUCCAAUGCAUUAUCAUCUACCAUCUAUAAACAUUUGUUAAGCAUAAAUACUGCAGCUCUUCACAAGACUACUGCGGCUCAGACAAUUAAUUUAGUAGCGAAUGAUGCUAAUAAAUUUACAGAAUUAAGCAUUUUCAUGCAUAGUUUAUUGACAGUACCUCUGGAAGUUUUCUCAACGUUUGGUCUUGUUUGGUGGACCAUUGGUUUACCGACAUUAUUCGGCUAUGCAGUACUGCUUUUAAUAAUACCGAUUCAGUUCAUAUUCAGUAAAAAAUUUGGCCUCUACAGAAAGGCCACAAUGGCAUGUACAGACAAACGUGUACAAACAAUUAAUGAACUUGUCAACGGAUGUCAAAUUAUAAAAAUUUUUUUUACUUACACAAUUUCAACACCUACAUAUAGCAAUUAUGAAGACUACGUACAUUUUGAAUUAUCUUUGGAAUCGAAUACCACUAAAAACAUCUCAAUGACUACCAUACCUACCAUCACGAUACCAACAACGAUUUCAGUAAUUCUUCAAAGAGCAGAAACAAUGGCAAAGACCAUCAAUGAUUACAUUAAAGGUGUGAGAAUAAUUAUACCAUCAUUAUUAGGAGCUGCAUUUUUUUCAUAUUACUUAGCUUUUAUCUCAUCAAGUGUUAUAAAAACAACUGCAGUUUUAAGGUAA